UGACCAAAGGGUUGACCCCCCGCUCUCCUCCACCCACCAAGACGCGGUGGUCAACUCCACCGGACCUUCCACACCCGUCCACUCCCCGGAAGCUCAUCUAGCCCAAGCACACAACAACCCACAUCUACACCACCACCCCCACCACCAGCAACAGCAACAACAACAGCAUCCGCAUCUUCAUCAUCACGACGAAGACAGCAACAGCAACAGCAACCACAACACCAACGGUGAGGCGGUUCUCCAUGUGGAAGACGAAAAUGGCGUGGUGGCGUCCGAGGCGCCCGGAGACGUCCUGGUCAUCCCCGAUUACGUCAACAUGUUCCUGCACGAGGGCAUCCUGGACAAGUACCUGAUCGACGGACAGACAGACGGAGGACACGCUGAUAGCCACACACACCUCGCACCCGAGGAGCCACAAUCGGCGCCGAUAAUCCCAGACAGCGCCCCCUGCCGGAAGGUGAACAAACCCAGCAAGUCCAAGGCCAAAGGGGGAUCUGGAGUAACUCCCCCACAAAGGCGCGCUUCUACAGGGGAUGGGCGAAAAACUCCCCGCAGAUCUCGCGCUAAAACUGACGUUCUAGUGACUUCUACCGCAGACGGAUCGACGGGCCCGCGGACACUGACAAAAGUCGACUCGUCCUCAACCGUGUUCUUACGUGCUCCCGGCACCCCCUCCAACAUCCUCUCAGCGACAUCAGCAGCAGCAUCACCGUGUCUGCCUACGUCACAACAGCAGCAGCAGCAACAACAACAGCAGCAGCGACAGCCGACGACUGUAGGCACGGAGGCGGGCGUUUUCUCUGGGUCAGCUCAUCAAUUUCCCGCGAAAGGGGCGGUAACUGGCCAGGCGGAGGUGGGAUUUCCCGUGGGCGGCAGUAGUGUAGUAGCUGCUGGCUCUGCCACCACCACCACAGCCGUCACUGCUGCAGCCGCAGCAGCAGCAGCAGCAGCAGCAACAGAGGCGACAUCGGUUUCAAAAACACACUCUGGCGUGUCGCCGACUUGUAUUGCUGUUUUACAACCUUCGUCUGUACAGGGAAUAAACAGCGCCAAUUUUGUGUUUGUGAAUAGCUCCAACAGCAGUUCUGUUAUCACUGGACAUAACAGUUCUAACAACAACAACAAUAACAUCAACAACAAUAACAUCAACAACAUUAACAACAGCGACGCCGUCUCACAUUUCGCAACCACCGCUACGCCCGUGCACCACGCACCUUACAACGUGACCUCUGUCGGAAAUACGGUACACAUUACCAACGGUCUCUCAGACUGCAGACCCACCAUCGUACAGAUCGCUGCACACACAAAUAACAACAACAAACAACAACAACAACCAUCAGACCAACAACAACAACACUGUGUUGACACUGUAGUGACAGCCUACCCCGCCCCAACAUCAAAUCCUACCAUCACCGCCCUCCCAACCCCCACCCCAUCCAUUUCAGUCCAUCCACCCGUCCCUGCCCCCUCAUCGCUAUCAUCGACACCGUUAUCAUCAUCAUCGUCAUCCUCAUCAUCGUUAUCGUCAUCCGCGCCGUUGACAUUAUCAUCGUGUCCUCCGUCCUCCACCUCCUACAAAGAGGAACAAGACGCGUCUAUAGCUCUGCUGGUCAAAGAAAACAACUAUCUGAAGAAAGCGUUGUCGCAGAAAAUCCGCGCUCGUCAGCUCAACUCUGAGGAGUCAGUGGUCAACAUGCCUGUCACCCACAGCCUCCAGUUCCUGACCGAUGACGUCACGGCUAUGGCGCUGGACACCAAAUAUUCCCCUAUGGUCACCAUCAAACAGGAGGAGUCCUACUUGGAAGGGUUCGUGCCUCAGUACAGCUAUAACCCGACGGACCUCAACAACACCGUCUCCUCACUCACCACCUGCGCAGAUCUACCCAUGACAUCAUGCGCGAACGUCGGCGCCGUGGCCGGGCAACCGUCUCUGGUACCGGUAACCAUGGCAACGUGUGAAGACGCUAUGGCGGCUCAAGCCGACACCGCCGGUGUUUGCAAUAACGUUAUGAACCUCACACCGAACUCUAUGCACCACAUGAGCACGGACCCCGCUGCUGCUUCCCUUCACCAUAGGCAGCAGCAACAACAUCAACAGCAACAGCAUCAUCAUCACCAACAACAACAACAUCAUCACCUGCAACAGCAGCAGCAGCAGCAAAAUCAUCUAAGUCAAACUACCGGGACGUCCGCGGACACAAUGAUCGUUCAGUCCCCGCAAGGACAAUACCUGCAGGUCCUACAGCCAUUACAGCCGUUAGAGCCGUUACCACCACCCCAACAGCAACAACAGCAACAGAACGCCAACAACGCCAACCACAAUACCACCAACAACAACAACAAUGCAACCAACAACUACUACAAUUACGUCUACCAACGGGGUUUGAACACACAACUCCUGGAGACAGACAAGCAGGUGGUAGUGGAACGCUACCUUCACCAGCAGCAUCAGUAUGCCUACAACAACAACUACACCCACUUUCUGACGGCUGAGAACAACAACAACUACAACAUGAAGUCUCCAGACAGUGGCUUUCAUGAGCCCUGUCUGUCUCCCAACUCAACGUCUGUGACUCUGAAAGAAACAAAUGGGAGUGCAGUUAUCGAAGCCGUGAAGGAGAAAUCGAAAAAGAAAAAACCUAGUGGAGGAGGAG